AUGUACAAUGGAACGCGGUUUCGCUUGCGCGAGUCGUCGUGGAUAUCGCAGCGCGCGACUCGCGACUAGCGGCGGACGGUGAUAACAACCGUGGGAAGGAAGACGGCGCGCUUUGGUGCGAGAGCGAGGGAGAGGGCCGCGGCUACCGAUUCUUUACAUUUUUCUUCUUCUUUUUUACCGAUCUCUGAUGAUUACCUAUGAUAAUUACCUCAUCUUUUCUAAUCUUACAUGUUGCACGAGAAAGCGGGCAUGAGUGCGAGGAAGAAAAUACUUAGGCCCGAGAGAGAGAGGGAACCCACGUGGCCCGAAAAAACACCCCCACUCCUGCGCGCUUAUUUCGUUACAUGUAAAAUUUGCGUUUUCCUUUUUUACCGAUCACUGAUAAUUACCGACCGGUGGUAAUAAUUAUGUUUUACCUUACCGACCGUAGGUAAUAAUUACCGACCUCACACCACUCGUGGCCCUCCCCCUCGGAGAUCCUGGGUUAGAACUGGCCUAGCUAUACUACUUAUAUGAUAGAAUUUACUGCUUAUAGACAAAAACCAGCGCUUGCCGCCGCUAUUCCUUGCUGCGACUCCCUGUAUCUGUGUAUUACACACACAAUGCACCGUCUCCACUCCUCUAUCUUGCUUCCCACUAUGUCUAACUUGCUGUCCGCUACUUUCACCUUUUUCCCACUCUGCUGCUGAAGGCAUUCUGACCUUGAACGAACACGCGGGUUCGACUCGCGCCACCAGACGAACACGCGCCCGCCAACCGGGGUUUUGUGCAUGCCUCAUCUAAAGGAACAGAUAUAAUAAUAUGUGUGGAAUCAUGGUUGAAACCAAAGGACGAGUUUGAACUGAAUAGUUUCAACGUGGUCAGAAAGGAUAGAAUAAGAAAAACAGGAGGUGGAGUUAUUAUGUUUAUAGCAAAAAGCCUUAAACAUAAACCAAUAGAUGUAGAAUUAAAGGACGAGAACGCUCAAUCAAUAGGAGUAGAAAUAACCAAUCUGAAGCAAAAGUUGCAGGUAUGCUCAGUUUACAGAGCACCAGGGCAACCUCUAGUAAGGAAGGAAUGGGAAAGAUACGUUCAAGAUAUUAAAAAAUUGGGGUCACCUAUAUUAAUUGGAGAUUUUAAUGCUAAAAAUGUAGCAUGGAACUGUGACAUAUCAGAUGAUGCUGGAAUAAAAUUACUAGACAUCAUGGAAAGACAUCAAAUGGAUGUUAUUAAUUUUAAUACCAAAACAUAUAUCAAUUUAAGAAAUAAUAGCUUUAGUAACCUUGACCUUAUAUUUUCAGACUCAAAGAUUACAGAUAUGAUUGAGCAUCUCCAAGAAGAAGAACCAAUGGGUUCUGAUCAUUUUCCCAUAAGAAUAGACAUUAAUAUGGAAAGGAACAUUUACAGGAAAAAGACAAAUAAAAUAUCCUCGAAAAGGACAAAUUGGGAAGCGUACCGAGAAGAAAUGGAUACAGCUUAUAAUAGUUUACUAGAACCGGAUACACCUAUUUUAAAGAAAUAUAAAAACUUCACAGAAAAAAUGAUUGAAGCAAUAACACCCCAGCCAGAAGAGAAGUGAAAAAUAAGGUUCAUAGGAAUCCAGUUACAUGGUGGUAUGAGGAGUGCAAUAAGCAUAUAAGGUUAAGAAAAACUGCCUUCAAACGGUGGAUGUGCAAUACAACUUUUAAUAAUUGGAUUUUAUAUAAAAAACAAACACCAAAUACUAAAAGAGUUUUACAGAAAAAGAAAAGGGAUAGUUUUAAGUCAUUUGCUGCGAGUAUUAACUUUAGAACAUCCUUAACUUACACGUGGAAUAAAAUCAAGAUGCUCAAAUCAAAAUGGACUAAAAUUAACAAUAAGGACACGAUAACAACAGAAAAUAGACAAGGUAUUAUAGAAAACUAUAUACAAAAGUUAAGUCCACCAUGGGUCCCAGUAAACCCAGUGUUUAAUUUGAAUGUAGAAAAUAAUGAAUUUUUAGACGACAUGUUCAGUUUUUUUGAGCCGAACGUGGCUAUCAAGAAA